CUUCAACCCCUUAAACAUUUCGAUCUACCUCUUCUUUCCUUACUGUAACCACCAUUCACGAUGUCACCUAGCAAGCUGGGUCUUUUCGCAAGCCUGGCGCUGGCCGCCAACGCCGUGCUCAUCCCGCCUUCGAUGGGGGCAGCUGAGCUCGGGGACGACAACGCUCUGGAGACGCUCGCGAUCAGCCCCUUCAAGCGAACAGUCGCUGUUGAGUGCCUUGGAUGCGCCUUUGCGACUGUCGACGGCGAGACUUUGAACUGGGAGAAGGACGCAGGCAACGCAUUUCUUCUUGACUUCGAAGUUGGUCCCCGCGAGGAUUCUCUCGAAGUCGAUGGCGUUCAACUCUAUCCACCAACCUUUGCGAUUGCCUCGCAGCCUUUCUAUGUCACUCAGAUCAACCCUAACGCCGAGGAAGGCCUGCGCCUCCGCGUCACUGGCUACACUUUCCACUUCAACACGGCCGAGACUGUGUCUGAGGCGGGAGUUGAGCUCCUUCCCAUGACCUUCCAGAUCACCUCCGUCGAAUCGACACCCAUGCACCCACCAGCAAUUACCGUCAAUCUUCUCAAGGAUCCCUCCGGCCGUCUCAUGAUCGCCUCGUUCGACGCGAAGCAGAGUCUCGACGCCAAGCCGGUUGAGCAAGAGAAGGAGUGCAAGCAAUGGCCGCUGCUCUGCAAGUGGAAGGGCAUCAUGGCCGACCGUAUCGAGAGCCUGAAACACAUGGGCAAGGGACGGCCAGGCUGCCACAAGCGACCUCACGGCAUGCAGCGCCCUCAUGGUCAACACAACUCUAUGGGAGAGGAGACUUUCAAGGGCAAGCCGCCGCACAGGUUCCGCCCUGGCGGACAUCCCCGGCCUCCUCACCACAUGGAGCACAACGGUCACCACGGUCACCACGGUCACCACCACCAGAUGCAUAUGUUCCUUCGCCGCGCAUUCUUCACUGUCCUCGUUCCCAUCCUCAUCGGUAUCUUCGCUGGUACACUCACGUACCUGCUUGGUAUGGCUCUCGGCUGCCUCAUCGCUAUCGUAGUUGCCAGAUUCCGCGGCCAGCGCUAUCAGCCGAUUGCCCUUGAGGAGGACGUCGAGGAAGGUAUUGUUGAGGAAGCCAGCGAGAAGCAAGAGUUCGCCGAGCUUCCCGCGUAUGAGGCGCCACCUGUCUACCAGGACGUCCCUGGGAAGGAAUUAGUUGAGGACGCGAAAUAGGCAUCAAUCUGUAUAUCAAUAUGGCAAUGUAGAUGCUGAUGCCUUGGGACAGCGUUCGGACAAGGCCAAAAUCGAGGAUACUUUUGUUUUAUAGUCGUAGGAAUUGUUCACAGUUAUGCUUUCCAUGAAUCUCAAAUGUUAUCUGCAUUCUUUCUCUGUCACACACGUGGUCUUGAA